AAAAGACCGUUUGAUAUGAACCAAAGUUAGUCAGAGUAAAGUUGUCAUUCUUAACUGUUAAGCCAACUCCGCGAGGACACAUCUUUAAAAUGGAAUACUAUUUUUUGAGUUUUCUUCUCAUGCCGUUGCUUCAAAAAGCCUUCGCUUGGAAACCAACAGAUGUGUGCUUUCUUCAAGCAGACGAGGGGCCAUGUAGGGCAGACAUUCAACGUUACUCUUACAACAGAAUCACACAGCGGUGCGAACAAUUCAGCUACGGUGGCUGCUUGGGAAACAGCAACAACUUCAAAAGUUAUGCUGAAUGUCAGAAAACAUGCUGGAGGAUACCAAAGAUUCCUCAGAUCUGCAGGUUUCCUAAAGAAGUGGGACGGUGUCGUGCCCUUAUGAAGAAAUAUUUCUUUAACAUGACCUCUAUGCAGUGCGAAAUAUUCUAUUACGGUGGCUGUGAUGGCAACGAGAACCGUUUCGAGGAUAUGGAGUCCUGCUUGGAGUACUGCAAACCUCGGAAAACUGUCCCUUUGCUAUGUCUGGAUCCCCUGGACAAAGGCCGGUGUUCUGCCUCCAUACCUCGCUACUACUUUAACACAGUCACCAAGAUGUGUGAGGAGUUUGAGUAUUCUGGUUGUGGAGGAAGCAACAACAACUUUGUUUCCAGACAAAGUUGCAUUGACGUAUGUGGUAAAGGUGGCAAGCCGAGGAAAUCUAGGAGGAGGUCUCAGUCAAGACGUCUAAUGCGUCGAUCGUAAAGAAAAAAAAAUGCAAGACCAUAUAUUGCUGUCAUCCAAACCUCUGGUUUAUAAAGUUUGAAGGAACAGCCUUGCAGAAGAUGUCUUGGAAAGUUGUCACCAAGCUUGCACUUACAGGACCAGUCACCCAGAAGGGAACUGCUUCAGGGCCAAAUCCACUCCGGUAUUGGUUGCCGUCCAGAUGAAAUGUGCCAAAAUAAGUCUAUCUAUCUAAGAGCACCAACAGAAGUUUUCUGUUUAAUCAAAAUGUGAAUAUGCUUUUUAUGCAUGUGACAGUGAGAGAAUUGGCCGCCGUGGAAAGUCACCAACCAAUAGCACAAGGAAUUUAAGAUCUUUUCCUGUGUAGAACUAAAAAAAUAUACUACUUUUGUAUACUAUUGUAUAAUGCUUAGAAUUCACUGUACAGACCACGGCAAAAAAGGCCACAAAUAUUUUAGAGCUCAUGGUUCUAUAUACUUGCAUCAUUGUUGUACUUAUAUUGUCAAAGAUAUUUUAAAACUAAUGUUUUGUACUUUGUGUUUAUGUAUAUGUGUGAUAUUUGACAAUGACCAAAGUAGUGGUUUGCUUUUGCCAUAUUGUGCUGUUGUUUGACACUUGAGCUUUUAUUGUCACUGGAAUUGAACCUGUUAUGUUCCAAAAUGUCACCAACCUUUAAAUAAACAAGAACUUUUGCUCGA